GUUCGUGGAGGAAUCUGACCGAGGCGUAGACCAUAACCAAUCUUGCUUCUACCCGAGCUGCAUCGCGAAUCGCUGGUUGGCAGUGCGGCUGGAGAUGAUUGGCAACUUCAUCAUAUUCUUUGCUGCGCUGUUCGCCAUACUCGCACGCGAAGAUAUCAGCCCUGGUCUCUUAGGGCUCUCUGUCAGCUACGCCUUGCAGAUCACACAAACCUUGAAUUGGCUAGUGCGAAUGACCGCUGAUGUGGAAACCAACAUCGUAGCGGUAGAAAGAAUAAAAGAAUACGCUGAAAUUGAACAAGAGGCGGAGUGGAACCUCCCCAACGGGCCGGGCUCCACGUGGCCCGAGACCGGCGCGCUGCAGCUGGAGCAGCUGACGCUGGGCUACCGCGCGGGCGAACCGGCGCUGCGCGGCGUCACCUGCAGCGUCGCGCCCAGGGAGAAGCUCGGCAUCGUCGGACGCACCGGCGCCGGCAAGUCCACCCUCACUCUGGGACUCUUCAGGUAAGCGCGUUUUAUUUAACAA